UGCAAAGAGAAAUCGGCCUUGACUUCCAAACUGUCCUCUACAAUCAAAAUGAUGUAAAUCCUUUCACGGAUUGCAGUAUUUGGUUUUUUGCAUUACUUUUUCUACAUAAUAAAAAAUUUAAUCGUUUAUUCAAGCAUUUCUUACUGUUUAUCAUGCUAUUUUUAUGCACGUAUAAGGAAAUUAUUGUGAAUGCAGAAAUCUUCAAGAUUGCCGGUGCAUGAGAUUUCCAUCAAUCAUUUCAUCAGAUCUAGAACAGGAGGGGGAGUUCUUGCAUCGUAUAUAUAUAAAGAAAAGAACGCUCAACUGUACUUUUAAUCCGUCAGUAUACUUUAUAGUUUAACUAUCAAGACAUGUGAAUACUUAUACUUAAAGAACACUGUUAUUCAAUUGUACAAUGGCAACUGUAAUAAUAGAAUCGCCGAAACUGAUUCAUGGCGGAAAUUAUAUCAAAGAAGGCAGAGAUUCAGCUAAGAGCACUUGCUUAAUUUUUUCUCCGAAAGAAGAAGAUGAAGUUGGUUCAUUAGGAAAAUAUCUUCAGCUAUUUGUGAAACACAAAGUGAACCUCUUGCACAUCGAAUCCAGAAGUUCUCUUCGACGACCAAACGGCUAUGAGUUUAUGGUGGACUGCGCACCGGGCGGUAAUAUAGCCUCUGCAAUUGAGGCUUUACAAGCUGAAUGCAGCUACUUUUCGAUAAUUUCCAGAAAUUACAAAGACAAUAUGAAUACAGUCCCAUGGUUUCCGAGAAGGAUACGCGAUCUUGAUAAGUUUGCUAAUCAGAUUUUGUCUUAUGGUGCCGAACUUGAUAGCGAUCAUCCUGGCUUUACGGAUCCUGUAUACAGGAAAAGAAGGAAAUAUUUCGCAGACAUUGCUUAUCAUUACAAACACGGACAGCCUAUUCCAAAAGUGGAAUACACGCCUGAAGAAAUAGCUACGUGGGGUGUUAUCUUCAGAAACUUGACUAAGCUUUAUCCAAAGUACGCGUGUAGGGAGCAUAAUCACGUUUUUCCGCUGCUUGUUGAAAAUUGCGGCUAUCGAGAAGACAACAUACCCCAACUGGAUGAUAUAUCCAAUUUCUUGAAAGACUGCACUGGCUUUACGCUUCGCCCAGUGGCAGGAUUACUGUCUUCACGUGAUUUUCUGGCUGGAUUAGCCUUUAGAGUGUUUCACAGCACACAAUACAUACGACACAGCAGUAAACCACUUUACACGCCAGAACCGGACGUAUGCCACGAAAUCCUGGGCCAUGUGCCACUCUUCGCCGAUCCAUCUUUUGCGCAGUUUUCACAAGUUAUUGGUCUAGCAUCCCUUGGUGCUCCAGACGAAUAUAUAGAGAAACUUGCAACGUGUUUUUGGUUCACGGUGGAAUAUGGAAUAUGCCGACAAAAUGGAGAGUUAAAAGCUUAUGGUGCUGGUUUAUUAUCGUCUUUCGGUGAAUUAGAAUAUUGUUUGAGCGGCAAGCCUGAGCUUCGACCUUUUGAUCCACCAAAGACUGCAUUGCAAAAAUAUCCGAUAACGGAAUAUCAACCAGUAUAUUAUGUUGCCGAAGACUUUGAGGACGCAAAAGAAAAGAUGACGAAAUUUGCUCAAAGCAUACCAAGAAAAUUUGGAGUGAGAUACGAUGCUUAUACACAGAGUAUUAGCAUUAUCGACAGCAAACAACAAGUGGAAGCUCUUGUAAAUAACGUGAAUCAGGAAGUACAAAUUUUGACUGACGCAUUAAAGAAAUUGCAUCACUAAAAUCAAUUUUAUUCUUUGUUAUUUUUACAUAAUAUAUAUAUUCUAAAAUAAUAUCACAAUUUAUGCACAUCUUUUAAUAAAAUAUCAUACUGUGUUAUGUUGUAAAAAAAAA